CAGGAAAAAAAAAAAAAGGCCUAAACUGCCUAGAAUUUAAUUGAAUGAAGAAUCUAAUACCUAAUUUGCCUCAACUUUUUUAACUCUCUUGAAAGUAAACCAUUUGUUUCAGAAAUACAAUUUUUUUAUGCAAUAUAUGCAUAUUUUUGUACAUUGGUGUGCGUUCAUAUCCAUGGUCAUACAUUUUUUUAUCAAUUGCAAUUAUUGUUAGCAUAUUUUUAAUUUGAUUUUUUGUGGCUGCAGCUGUUGACUUCUUCAAUCAAGUGAACAUUCUGUAUGGCACUCUUACAGAAUUCUGCACUGCAUCAAGCUGUCCAUUAAUGACAGCAGGACCAAAGUAUCUUUCUUCAGUCCUCCUAAGAAUUGUCUUUCUUGUUUUAUUGACGGAAUGUUUGGUGUAGCUUUGCUUGAUGUUAAGCUCUACAGGUGAUAUACUUGUGGGGAAAAAAAAGAAAUGUUCUUGCGACACUCUUUUCUUUAAUUAGUGCGACUCUCUCUCUCUCUUGGACUACAAAGACAUGGAAAAUAACUUUAAAACUGUUGGGAUAGAAAUUUUGGUUUCUUUGAAAGUUCCAAGUGCUCUGAUUGUAACAUUACAUAUUUUAUUGUAUUUGGAAUUGCAUAUAAUAUUCUGCAUUUACCACUAGAGGGAUAUUAAGUCUAAAUGGUAAAAAUGUUUUGGAAAGUCACUUGUAUUAAGGGAUGGGAAUAUAUAGGAUAUUGUAACCAAAGAUGGUAUGGAAUUAGUUGGUACAAGUUUAUAUGAAGGUAUCUGCCGGUGCAAAUCAAAUUUAAUUAAUGAGGUUUAAAACCAUGCCAACAUGUCUAAUGAAUCAGAUAUCAUGAUAGGGAAAAGAAAGGGCCAAGAAAGGGCAAGGAAAAGGCCAAGAAAGUAGUCAGAGAUCAUUAUGUGGAACUAAUCAACAAAGUUUAGUUAAUUGUUACUUAUUGAAACAUGCUAGUUAAGUUGAUUGUCAGGAUGAUACAAUUUCAGAUCUGCUUUAAGCAUGUACAUUUGUUUAUAAUUAGAUUAUGUCUGAAUUAUGAUGCAUUCAAAUUGCAAAUCUUCAAUUUUGCCUCCUCACAGAUACGAGUAUAGAUGGGCUGAUGGAGUUACUAUAAAGAAACCCAUAGAGGUGUCUGCUUCUAAAUAUGUAGAGUAUUUGAUGGACUGGAUUGAGGCUCAGCUCGAUGAUAAAUCAUUUUUUCCUCAAAAGUGGGGGGCAUCAUUUCCACCGAAUUUUCAGGAUGUUGUUAAGACAAUAUUCAAGCGAUUGUUCCAUGUGUAUGCGCACAUCUAUCACACACAUUUUGAGAAGAUUGUGAGUCUAAAGGAAGAAGCUCAUCUUAAUACUUGUUUCAAGCAUUUUGUUCUUUUUACAUGGGAAUUCCAGUUUAUUGAUAAUGGGGAGCUUGCACCCCUGUACGAGCUUGUUGAGUCUAUCUUACAGUUCUUUUUUUAAAUUUAUUUUGUAUUGGGGAAACGCAUUGUGAGCUUUUGUUUCGCAUCUCAUGCAGCCUUUUGAAUUCUUCUCUAUUUUUAUAUUUUUGUAAUGGAUGCAGUCUCCUGAGCUUCCGUUUGGUUUAGUUUGUAUAAAGAGUUUUGAGUUUUGAAUUAUAUUUUGAAAGAUAA